AAGCUGUAAAUUAUGUUGUUUUAAGAAUGCAGUAUGUUAUGGAUAACGAAGUGAUUUUGAUUGAGGAUGACUGGGAGCAACAGCUGCCAAAGCCACAACCUGUACCGGUUGCUCGUCCAGGUCCGAGUCGUAGACGCCGAGCAAGCAAGCGUUCCAGCAAUGGGACGAUUAUCCCCAGCCAGAGUCUGCCAGCAACGGGAUCUGUGGCUCACGAAAAUGUCCUUGUGCAUGAACUUCCAGCAAUUUCUGACAUAGCGGCACCGGCAGUUAUUGCUACAGAUCAAUUUGAUUCAGUAAUUGUGGACGGACAGGAUGUGUUUAUAAUACAAGAAUUGGACGAAGAAAGUUCUCAGCCACAGCCGCCUGUAUUUGAAGUAGAAUCCGAUGAAGGAUUAGUUGAUUUUAAACCAUCAACUGAAGAAAUUACAUCGUCAAAAGAUGAUUAUUAUGAUGUUGACCCGCUAGAGUUAUCAGAUAUUUGGAACGAUCUCAUUACUGCGAAUCAAGAGAUUCUUAUUCUUCUAGAACUACAGGAUUUAAAACAUCACAUUGUAGAUGCUCGAUGUAUUGAAGAUCAAAUGCAAAAUAUGCUUUGUGAAUAUUGUCCUCGAGUUUUACCGAACAUCCGAACUUGGAACCAGCACAUAAAGAAAGUGCAUUUCCAGACAGAGCAGUUUGAGUGUGAUAGCUGCGACGGCACAUUCAAAUACUUUGCUCGUUAUAGAGACCACAUUUAUGGUCAUGUCGGUGAACGGCCUUAUCAAUGCGAUGAGUGUAACCAUCAGUAUGCCUAUCGUAUAGGUUUUCUGGUGCACAAAAUUUUAGACCACAUUAAAUUAAACGGUGUUUACGUGUGCCCCCAAUGUAGAGUCGACUGUAAGGAUGCCCAAAACUACAAACUACACAUAGCGAAACACAUUGAUUCUGCACCACACACCGCAGCGACGGUCCCGUUGGAUGGUACACGGGCAUCGUCCCAGCGAAACAGUCAAACUAGAGCGCCAGUAUUGCAUUCGCAAGCUAACGAGCGAAACAAAUUCCUCAAUGCGUAUGAGAGUUUUUCUAAAGAACUAAAAAAGGGCUUUCAACCCGUGGAAAAGCCCGGUAAACCCGGUAAACGAAAAUAGCUUUUAAGGGUUAGUCAUUUUGUUCAACUUUCCACAAAAAUUUCGUAUAAUCUCUCAACCUCAAUUCUUCAAAGCGAGAUCAUUUAGAGGUUUUCACACCAAAAUUUGUUCGUUUGCAAAACAGUACGUUGUAAAUAUACGACAAAUCGC